AUGUGGUCCUUUCACUUCGUCUUGCUCGCAUUAUUUGCACUCUUCCAAUUUUCCACGGCAUUUUACCCUUUUGUCCCAGAAUGGAGGCACCAAUCAUACAAGUCCCUUCCAGAGACAUCCAAGAGGAGCGGGAAAACUCGUGAGAACAAUGCUGUUCUCAAGCUUGUCCAAAAGCUCCCAUCUGCCAAUAAACCCAGAGAUGUUCAGAUUCGCGAGCUGACAGAUCGACUUAUUCGCAAAUAUAACCCUGGAAUGGGACUUAAAGCUACUAAAGUCGAAGAGCGUGAAUCCAAUCUUGUGAAAUAUGACGAUACGUCAUUGUCGAUUCAGACUGCGGCAACUCCUUCACAGACGAACAGCGCGGGAAUCCUGCAGACCGGAACUGAUUUUUCUUAUUUUGCUCAGGUGGAACUAGGGAGCAAGAAUGAUCCUCUGUUGAUGUUGCUUGAUACAGGAGCUGGAACAAGUUGGGUUAUGGGUCCCGAUUGUACCUCUAGUGCAUGCAAGACUCGUGCUUCCUUUGGUGCAGCAGACUCUGCGACUUAUAAAGCGGUCAACAUGGAUUUGGAUAUUGCGUACGGAUCCGGCCAUGUUACUGGAACAUAUGCUACCGACACGAUCAAUUUUGCUGGCAUGAGUCUUCCUUUAACUCUAGGAAUCGCCAAUAAAACCAGUGACCAGUUCAACUCUUUCCCAUUCUCCGGAAUAUUAGGCUUAUCCCAACAAACUGGUCCGGUCCCGAAUUUCUUACAGACCGUUGUUAGCUCGAAGUCUCUCAAGGCCAAUGUAUUUGGAAUGGACUUGAACCGUGCCUCGGAUGGUACGAAUACUGGAGAAAUUAACUUCGGUGCUCCGGAUACUUCACGAUACAGUGGUGAUUUAAGUUAUACAAGUGUCGCCAAAAACGGCCCAAAUCAUUGGGCACUUUCUCUUGAUAGCGUGGGAGUUGGCAAUACUCAACUCAGUACUACUGGGAGAUUGGGCUACCUCGAUAGUGGAACAUCUUAUAUCUUUGGACAACCAACAGAUGUGAUAGCAUUCCAUGCACUUGUACCCGAUGCUGUUACCACGGACAAUAACACAUGGACAGUACCUUGUUCCACCACUACAUCUAUCUCCUUUACAUUCUCUGGAGUUACAUAUAAUGUUUCGUCUGUAGAUUGGGUAGGGCCUUCGGUGGAUGGGGUGUGUACAAGUAAUGUCUAUGCUGUGGCUGUGGUUGACACAAACUCGUGGUUGAUUGGCGAUACUUUCUUCAAGAACGUGUAUGCCUUGUUUGAUGUUGAUCAAGAUCGUGUUGGUUUGGCGCAGAAGAAAGCUGUUACAUCCUCGGCAACAUCAACAUCUUCUUCUGGUGGGCUUACCUCUACUCUUACUCCUUCCCCUACUACACAAGUCCCCGUAUAUAGCACUAGCACUUCCACUGUCGAUCCGACCAGCGUCCUUGUUCCUGGCUCUGGAUCCACAGUAACCACUUCUGCUUCUGAAUCUCUAUCUAACACACGCUCCGUAGUUUCUUCUGUUCAAACAGGAAGCUUAAAUCCUUUACUCCCGGAAGAAUCAGCCUCAGCUAGCGCUCAGUCUCCUGGAACAACCGUGUCGGCGUCAUCAUCUGUGACUGCUACUGCCACUCAAACUUCGAGUGGAAACCAGGUCAAUAGCUACUUUUCUUCGAUGACUGCUUUUGUCGUCAUUGCAACAACCCUUCUUUUUUAG